AUGACAACCCACUUCUGGUCGCAGCGCAGCGCAGUGCCCCGCCGCGUCUUUGCACUGGCGACCGCUGGCGUCUCGGGUCUAGUGGGUGGCAGCUUAACGUCUCAGCACGAGCUCUCGACGGCUUUCUUAGACGCUGGAACCGAGACGGAGCAGUCGUCGCUCAAGCGCGAGUGGUUUCCCAAUACAACCACUCGGCACUGGCACUUUUACAAGGGCAAGUUGAACCCCAGUGCAGCCAAGUCCAUGAAGCUCUUCAAGGUGGCGGACACGCCCAUUGCGGACGAGAUUGCAACGUACUUGGGCGUCGAGCUGAACGACAUGGAGGUCAAGAACUUUAAUGAUGGAGAGACGAGUGUCGUUGUCAAGGAGAACGUGCGUGGCAAACGUGUCUACAUUGUGAGCUCGACGACUACAGUGGAUCGGUUGAUGGAGCUCUUGCUGGCCAUCUCGGCCAUGCGUCGUGCUUCAGCCAAGAAAAUCACAGCAGUGAUCCCGUUUUACGGCUACGCGCGAAUGGAUCUCAUGCACAAGGGCCGCGAGCCAAUCGCUGCUGCUGACAUUGCGCGCAUGCUUGAAACGAUGGGCGUUGACCACGUCGUGUCCGUGGACCUCCACAGUGCGCAAAUCGAGGGUUUCUUCAAGCCGCAGAUCCCAGUCGACAACCUCCGAGCUUUUCCUGUUGGUGCCGUGUACUUUUCGGAGCAAUCGCUGGGUAAACCGAUCGUCGUGGCGCCGCACUCGGCUGCUGUGAACCGAGCGGCUACAUUCCGCGACACGAUUUCCCGCACACUCGACGAGUUUGUGCCAUUGGCGUUCGUGAUCCGCAAACACCAGCUUGAUGAGGAUCAACCUGGCGAGCUGGUGGGUGACGUCCGAGGCAAGGACUGCAUCGUCGUGGAUACGCUCGUGGACACUGGAGCUACGUUGACGAAAACCGCCAAAGUGCUCAAGGCUAAUGGUGCAAGGACCGUGUCUGCCUUUGCAGUGCACGCUCGCUAUUCUGCUCAUGCCGUGCGAACGCUUCACGACUGCAACGAACUGGACAAACUAGUGACGACGAAUACGAUCCCCACGCACAUGACUGCGAACGAGAUGUCGCCCAAGAUCGUGACGCUGUCUGUUGCGCCGUUUAUUGCUGAAGUCAUUUCGUGUAUCCACACGAAGAGCUCCAUUCUUCAAGUGUCCAAGACAAAGUAG